UGGGUGUUGAACAAAUUUGGGACAACUGGCAAGGCACUUGCUGGUGGAAAUUCUUAGCAGGUCCGGCUCACUCUGAUUUACAUUGAAAAUCAAACUGCUCCUACAGACCUCGCCCCCUCCUCCUGCAGAUAUGUGUAAGAUUAAUUGGGUGCCUUUCUCGACAUAUAGUGUAUGCAUAAGCACUUUAGCCCCUGGCCAAAGGAAAGCUGGGUUAAUGAGUGUUUCUAAUGAACACCUACUUGUGAUUCCUUUAUUUUGGGGGUGGCUGCGGCGGAGAGUUUGAAAUAGCGCUGUGCUUUUUAUAGAAGCCACAUUGCUGUACCUGAUAACCUGUAUUAAAAUAACACCCCCCUCCCUCCAAAGCCAGCAGUAGCUUUCUGGAUCCGUGUUCUACUUAAAGCUCCACAUGCAUUGGUUUCCUUCUUCCCCGUGCAGCCUCAAGCAGAGGGAUUUUUUCCAAGGAUGCUCUUUGGAAGAACAGGUUUCUGGAAGCGACUUGUUAAUAUUUUUACUUCGAUAAAGAUGUUUUUCACAGACUUUGAGGAAAAGGCCUGAUUGUUCACCCCCUGCCAUUUCAAGGGUAAGGAGAGAGAGCCUGCCAUGUCCUUAGCUGCGUAUGAGUGCGACCAUCGGUCUUUAUCUGCAUUGCUCCCUCCCUUGCCUCCGCCACUUGAUGAUUCUGCUGAAGACUCGAAAUAUUUGAGCAGUUUUCUUAUCUACCCUGGGUGCAAGCCAGGCGUAUGAGGACCUUAGGGUUCGAUACAGUAGUGGUGAAGCCACAGUAAAGACCAAGUGUGGUCUGUGAGUUGCUGGGCUACAAGACAAACCCAUGGGCAAAAAUUAACUCCUGCCCAAGGCUGGAGAAGUCUUUCAUUAAACCUGCAGAGAGAUUGCUGCAGCCGAGAGCUUUACCUAGGGAUUGGUGUAGCUCUUCCUUGUUUGUCUGAACCAAAAUGCUUUGAUUAUUGUAAUGAUCCUUAAGGCCUGUUAUACUUUAAUGACUUUUAAUGAAAAUUUAACCAUAAGUAGCUUACAAAGCUGUGGUUUUUAAAGCCGUACUGCGAAAUGCACUUAAGAAAAGAUGUAACAUCAGUGCUGCAACGAAGCAGAGAAACAUGCCGCUGCUAACGAGAGGGUAUCUGCUAUGGGAAAAUGUACAUCUAAUCGUUGUAUGGCCUGGCAUCAAGUUCCAGCACUGGUCGCAAGCGAUGGGGAUGUCAGACGCAAAUGCACAUCUUGUGUAUAUCCAUCCUUGAUGUUUUCUUCUUGCCACAGUCCACUGAACUAAGGCAUCGUUUUUCUGCCCUACUUAAUCCUCCUGGCUGUUGCAUUGCCGUCUUGGGACCCUUGCACUGACUCUUCAGGAUCUCUGGUCACCUGCAAAUUCCUGUGGCAUCACCUUUACGGGACACUACACAGAAAAUGAGAUCUGCACAGUAUCCUACCCCAGCAGAAUUGGAUGCUUAUGCUAAGAAGGUCGCCAACAACCCACUGACUAUAAAAAUAUUUCCCAACAGCGUCAAGGUUCCCCAGAGGAAACACAUACGCCGUACUGUGAACGGACUCGAUACUUCAGGCCAGAGGUACAGUCCUUACCCGCCUCAGGCCACCACCAAAACCGGCCUGCUGGCGAUCGUGAAAUCUCCCGCAAAGGGCAUCCUCAAGGACUUUGACGGGACCCGCACGCGCCUGUUGCCGGACGCCAUGAUGAACCCCCCUUCCACACCGUAUGUUGCACCUAGCACUUUAAGCCACCCCCAGGCGCUCGCACGCCAGCAGGCUCUUCAGCAUGCACAGACUCUGCCGCACCCCCAGAGCAUCCCGCAGCACCCUCAGGGCAUCCCGCAGCCGCAGGCUUUGCCACACCCUCAGAGCAUGCCGCCGGCCCAGGGCUUGCAGCACCCCCCGAGCCUGGCACACCAGGCGCUGCAGCACCCCGCGAACCCGCUGCUGCAGCCAGGUUUACAUGGAAGCAGAAAGAUGCCGGAUGCAGACGCGCCGCCGAAUGUGACCGUGUCUACCUCAACCAUCCCCCUCUCCAUGGCUGCCACUCUGCAGCAGAGCCAGCCGCCAGACCUGAGCAGCAUCGUGCACCAGAUCAACCAGUUCUGCCAGGCGAGAGCUGGCAUUAGCACUACCUCAGUCUGUGAGGGACAGAUUGCAAACCCCAGCCCCAUAAGUCGUAACCUGCUUAUCAAUGCAAGUACCAGGGUAUCAACUCACAACGUCCCCACGCCCAUGCCUUCCUGUGUAGUUAACCCUGUCGACCACGCUGCUGCUCUGCCCUCCGCCUCCGUUAAUGUGCCCAUGGUGAACGUUAACAGAGUGCCGGCUGCGUACCAGAGCGAAAUCAAAGCGGCCGCCUGGAACCAGCACCAGCUCGCCCAUCUGCAGCAAAUGUGCGGUGACGCGGCUGGGCCUGCUGGACUUGCCGGGAAGCACCCUCAGAGAGAGCUUGCAGGGCCAGGAUUCCCUGGUAAGACAUCCAGCUACCCUCAAGAACUGUGCAUGGGCCAGUCUUUCAACUUAAAGCCUCCCCUCGAGAAGCCUACACCUUCCCCGCCUGUGAACGGGUUGCAGGGCCCCUUGCCAUAUACGAAUGGGCACUAUUUCCAGCCCAUAUGGAAUAACAUUCUGCCCACACCGAACAGUGACAGCUCUGGGUCGCAAGACCUUGCCAUGCCUUUUCACGGAGGACAGCCAGCAGGCGCGCCGCUAGAUUGUGCAGCAGGAACUCACUAUCGAGCUGGAGCUGGCUCAUCCAGCCAGAGUAACGUGAUGCAGACCAUGGAUUACCUAAGCGGGGACUUCCAGCAGUCUUGCUUCAGAGAUCAGAGCAUGGCCGUGCUGGGAAAAGUCCAUCGGCCUCCCAUGAACCGAGCGCCUGAACCAACUGAUAGUCGAAAUCUUCAUAUUCAGCACCCAGGGUAUAGAUAGGCUGCAGUCACUUUCACAGACAAAAUUAUAGGUUUAGUCUUAAUUUUAAUUAAUAAGCAAGGCAUUUUUAACUUGCAAACUUGUGUGAUCAUUAUAGUAACCAUUGAAACAAAACAAUACUGUAUAUUUAAAAGCUUUGCCUCCGCGUUGCCUGUCUCCUUUUGCGUCCGGUACUUCACAUGCCUUUUGUUUCAAAGAGCUGGCUCACGCUAUCGCAUGCCACAGCCGUUUCUUCACCACAGAAUCCCCUCUGCACAGCCUUUGCCUUCUGCUUGGUAACUAUUUGCUGGCCUCGCGUUGUUGCGGCAGGGUUCACAGCUGCAUUUUUUAGCCGGCUCUUUAAAGAGCCAGGUACCAAUAGCUGCUUACAUUUCCAUUUCAAUUUCCUCUGAUGAUUAAGAGCAAGAGAAUUUGUCAGGAAGCAGGGCUUGUUUUCAACCCUGAAGUCCAUUUCAUUACAUGCAUUAAACAUUGACCAUUUGCACUGUCUAGAGGCCUGUUUAAUUGAAAAGGAAGCCUGCUUCUGAAAGGAUCCAGCUAGGGUUAUCUAUUUAGGCAUUAACAUAUAGGCUGAAGCUCUUUUUGCUGGCGCUUGCAGAGUUCUGCAUUUAUCGUUUAGACUUUGUCCAAAGUCGAAGUCCCUUACCAAUUUUUUUUCUGAACACUUCGUUGAGGACAGGGUAUGAGGGGGGUGGCAGUUUUAGGAUGUAGGCUGCCCAGCUGCGUUGGUGGCUGCCGCCGCCUCCAUCUGAUUUCCCUUCCCCCUCGCUGUUUGGAAAGCUAACUAUGUCUGAACCCCUCGCUGCUAGGAGUCUGGAUGUCCUGAUGCAAAGUGCUGUAGUGAGGUUUUAUCCCAGGGAUCCAGACCCGCUGACCACCCCAAAAAGGGUUCGGGUUCUCCCCGAGUAGAUAGGAUUAAUUUCAGGGUGGGGAGGCAUCAAAGGAGGUCCGUCUCCAGUGCAAUGGAAGGGGCACAGGGCGGCGUGGCAGUCUCACAUUCCAGCGGCAGGACCUGUGCCAGGGGAGGUAUCGGCUGCCAAGUGACGCUCCAGUCUCGAGAUGUGGUGGGGCAUACGUUAACGCGCCACAGGAGAGGUUUUCUCUGGGAAAUGCUACAAAGCUAUUUAGAAAGUAGCUUUUCCCCAGAGUCUCGGUGCCUAACUACUUCUCUUCUCUUCUCUCCCCCACCACUGACAGCGUAGCUGAGUUGGUGACCAGUACAAAGAACACUAACCCUUGGGUAACCUCGGUGUCUCGGUCUCUUCAGUGCAUCGAAAACUCCCUUCUGUUUUUUUACUAGUUCGGUUUGUUGUGCGUAGGAAGCUUCUCAUCUGCAACGAGACUAAUACUUGAAUGUAAUGAUCACAAUCAAGUUUGGAAUUUAAAAAAGAAAAGUAAAUGCAUCGAUUCUUUAUAUGUACACUGGCUAAAAAUAUUGCUCUACACUGUAACUUUUAAGUGUAAUAUUUCUGUAUGAAUGUCGCCUGGUAGUGUGGGUUUGAGUAGCAUUGUGUAUGAGUGAACCCACUGGCCUCUGCCAUUCACUGGCCUCCCCUCACAGCCCUUUGAAAAACAAAGCCUUAAGUAUUUGCUCCUUGAACUGUCCUUAAUGAGCAUGGUUUAAAAUCUUAAGACAUCAUACAAAAUUUAAAAAACAAACAACAAACCUACAAGUUUUGAAGUGACGUCCUAGUUGGCUAGAGAUUCUUAAAGUUUUUCGUAAAUGGGAAAAUUAGAAAACGUUUCUUUGUAUUUUUUUAAUUUAGACGUGUAGUUCUGGGCUGUAACAAAUAUUUAGGUUUCAAAGCUUAGCAGAGUACGUUUUCUGACUCCUUGCGUAAGGCAGUACACUUAUACCCUGUCAUUAUUUAAAUUCUUUUAAGUGUACUAUAACCGUUCUUUAGUGAUAACUCUUUAGCAAAGUUAAGCAAUUUGACUAAAGACGGAUUAAAUUAUGUGUUGGCUUGUGUUGCCUUAUAUUUAAAAAGGAAAAAUUGCCUGAUUGUGUUAUGCCAAAUGAUAGCAACAUGAAGUCCUAAUUUAUUGUUUAUAAUCGUAUUCCUGAAGUCUUUGUGAAAACUGGUAAAUAUACAUCUAUGAAAGAACAAAAAUCCUGAGGCUUUUCAUGCAAUAUUUUUCUGAAUACAUUAUCUUGGAAGCCAAGGUUUGAGUCUGAAGCUGCUUCCUUCUCUUCUCCCUAUUGUCUUUCCCUCCCCCAGAUUGAUCUAGGGCUGUGCUAUGACUUUAACAUGCCCUGCUAAGUUAAUUACUGUGAGGUGUCUGCGACCUGGAUACAAGCCUUUUUACUAAAUAAAAUAUUGGUAUCUCCUCUCUGCAUUAGCCUGCUACA